ACGCAAAGUUAAAAAAAAAAUAAUGUUGUCAAAUAGUGAAAUAUUUGUCAAAAUAAAUUUUCCUCUUGAGGAUUUCGCAAUUAAUCAUACAAAAAAAUAGUAUUUACAAAACAAAAUACAAAACGGGAGCAAUUUGUGUAACUGCUCAAUUUUGAGCUCUUUAAAAUAUUUAUAGGCGGAGAUUAUCUUUUAAUGCAUUCAAUAAGCACCAUUUGUCUCAAUUAAUCACCUUGAUAUUUGAAUAGCCUAAGGAAUGAGCGAUAUAUCUAAUAAUAAAUUACACAUAUGCAAGACAUAUACCCGGAUUCAAGUCAAAUUACCACAGGUGAUUCUAUAUCAGAUUCUGAAUCCAAUACACUAUCACAUUUGAUGCGAACCUGGGACAAUGAGUAGCCAGCACCAGUACAUGAGCGUCAACAACACACCAAGUGCACGCAUUGGCGAUAUUGAACACAUUAGCCACCUGUCGGAACACAUAGGUUCGCUGUGCCUAUCCUCAGAGUACUCGGAUGUGACGCUCAUCGUGGAGGGGCAGAGGAUCCCCGCCCACAAGGUCAUCCUGGCUGCCAGCAGUGACUACUUCAGGGCGCUGCUGUAUGGCGGCAUGAGAGAGGCGAAUCAGGCCGAAGUAGAGUUGCAAGCGCCACUACAAGCCUUCAAGGCGCUCCUUCGAUAUGUUUACUCAGGUCACAUGGGUCUCUCGAUGCUGCGAGAAGACACAGUGCUGGACAUGCUGGGGCUAGCGCAUCAGUUCAACUUCCAGGAGUUGGAGACAGCCAUAUCUGACUACCUGAGGCAGGUUCUCGCGCUCAGGAAUGUCUGCUCCGUGCUAGAUGCUGCCAGAUUGUAUGGCCUGAAGGCGCUCAUGGACUACUGCUACAAUUUUUUAGACAGGAAUGCUGUUGAAGUAUUGCAACAUGACACCUUCCUGCAACUUUCUGUGGAAGCGCUACAAGGUCUACUGGAACGCGAUUCAUUCUUCGCGCCCGAAGCUGAUAUAUUCAAAGCGGUGUGCAACUGGUUCAACGCCAACCAGCAGUGGGUCAAGUCAGAGGCGGGACAGGCGCAAGUGGAAAAAAUCCUGAAAUGCGUGCGUCUAACCCUGAUGACUUUGGAGGAACUGCUGACCGUAGUGCGACCCUUCUCGCUGGUGACGCCCGACAUGCUGCUCGAUGCUAUACAGGAGAAGACGCAGACCAAGAGCACUGAUCUACGUCACCGAGGAUUGCUGUUGCCGGAGGAGAACGUAGCGACUCCAAAGCGCGGAGCCCGGGUGAUCUCCGGCGACAUGCGCUCCGCCCUGCUGGACGGUGACACAGAGACAUACGACAUGGAGCGAGGGUACACCAGGCAUACCAUCAGCGAUGCCCCGGAUAACCCGGGCAUCAUUGUCCGGCUCGCCACGUCUACAAUUAUCAACAAUAUCAGACUGCUGCUGUGGGAUAGAGAUAACAGAUCGUACGCGUACUACAUCGAGGUGUCAGUGGACCAGAAAGACUGGGUGCGCGUGAUCGACCACAGCAACUACUUCUGCCGCUCCUGGCAGAACCUGUACUUUGAGCCCAGAGUUGUGCAGUACAUCAAGUUGGUUGGAACCAGUAACACCGUCAAUAAGGUGUUCCACGCGGUGGCGCUAGAGGCGCGUCACACGGCUCGCGUGCCGCCGCUGCGCAACGGCCUGGUGGAGCCCACGCACAACGUCGCCACCGUUGAACUGUCCGCUGUCGUCAUUGAGGGGAUCAGUCGUUCCCGCAACGCUUUAAUCAACGGCGACACAGAACACUACGACUGGGACCAGGGCUACACGUGCCACCAGCUGGGCUCGGGCGCCAUCGUGGUGCAGUUGGCGCAGCCCUACCUGCUGGCAUCGCUCCGUCUCCUCCUGUGGGACUGUGAUUACCGACACUACUCGUAUUAUGUUGAGACCUCGCUCAACUACUGGGAUUGGGAGAUGGUCUGUGAUAGGACUAGGGAGUCUUGCAGGUCAUGGCAAGUAAUAUACUUCAAGCCGCGCCCCGUAUCCAUCAUCCGUAUCGUUGGCACCAAUAACUCCGUCAAUGAGGUGUUCCACCUGGUGCACCUGGAGUGCCCGGCGCAGACGGAGGAGGCGCGCGAGGACCCGGCCGCCAAGAAGCUGCGCCCCGAGCGGGACCACGCGCCCAACCCGCACCACAACGGUUCCACAUCAGACUCGGCGCCCGCAGGCGGGUCAGGGUCGGGCAGCAGCUCGGGCACCGCGUCGCCGCGCUCGCUGCCGCCCGCCGAGACCGCCACCGAGGCUGAGGAGAGGUACGACGACUGAACACAACGGGCCUAUUAGCUGUCGCAUAUACAUACAGACAAAUUUCAGCAUUAAAUUAUAUGUAAAUACCCCACUAUUGGUUAAUUUACUGUCUACUAUAUGACAUGUGGUAAAGUGGAUGGGAAAAGGCCUCGCGGUCGCAGACCCAUACGUUGGUCCGACUAGAUCCGCACUGCUCUUGACUCCACGGUGCACAGUGCCCUUCACACCGCCAGACACAGAAACAGAUGGAAGAAUACCAUACGUUCGAAGGUGAUGACACAGGGAGGUCACGACCCUCAGCAUUGAGGAAUUACGACGCAAGGAGGAGGAUAUGAUGUCUGUAUCUGUAUCUCUCCCUCUUUCUCGCUAUGUAUCCCACAUGGUGGUGGGGUCAGCUGUCCUAAUUUUUCUUCUCCAAUUUAUAAUCUGAGUUUUAAACAGUUUCUGUAAAUUACGGUGGCUGUACUGUACAUGCGUGAUUAUUUACUUACAUUAUGAACCUUAAAUUGUUUAUUAUUUAACACUAGUUGUUACUCUUUUAACUUGACGUAAUUUUAAAGAUAUAAGAAGUGUUUUUUUUUUAAAUACAAAUGCCCACCAGUUAUGCGACAGCUAAAUAUGAGAUAUGUUAUAAGGAUCCUACCGAUAUGUUAAUGCAUAUCAUGCCUUACAGGCAAUGUGGCAGUUUGUAAAUGAACUGCCAUUUUUAAAUUGUGAUGUAUCCAUUUUAAUAAAAUUCCCACGAAUAUUUCGACUGUUUCUACGAUAAAUAGCACAUAGAACGUCCUCGUCUUUCGAAGCCGGUUAAAUAGUCUUCCUACCUUGCUUGAUAGGUGUGGAGUUACCUUUUAAUCAACGAAUUAACAAAUGUUUCAUUUCACAACGAUUUUAUGUUGGUAUAGUUGAUAAAACUGUUCAUUAAAUUCUACUGCCAAACAAAAUAGAUAAUUUGAAAGUAAAGUAUGGGACAUGUAUUCUUUUAGUUUAGAGUCAAUAAAAAUCGAAUCAAUUAAAAAUUUUACUAUAAUUUAUCAGAGCUAUAUUUUAUUCAAGCGAUUUAAUUUGCGAUCAGUAUCUUUUGAUGAAUUAAGGCUCCAGCAGACCGGAUGCGUAUGCGUAACCACGCGCGUAGUCACGCGCGUAGUUACGGCGUAACCAUGAGUUGUAAUGUAUGGAAAUGUAUGAGACAGGCCACACCGCUUGCGUAACGACGCGCGUGUCUACGUUACGCA